UUCCGCCUCCGCCGCGGUGCCGGGUUCCGUGCGGUGGCACCGGUACCGGCACAGGACCCGCACCGCGGCCGGGCCGUGCUCUGGCCCUGCCAUGGCGUCUUGCGCCGAUAUCCUCCGCAGCGAGUUCCCUGACCUGGACGGCGAGGUCUUCGCUUACGUGACGGGGAUCUUGCACGACGGCGGCGCCGACUUCGAGUCGGUGGACGAUCUGGUGGAGGCGGUGGGCGAGCUGCUGCGGGAGGUCUCGCAGGACACCAAGGAUGACGGCGCCAUCAGGGAGAUCUGCCAGCGCCUCUUCAACACCCUCCAGCUGGACGAGGGCCGGGCCCAGCGCUGCAGCCAGGUGCUGUUGGACGCUCCCAUCCAGCUCUCCCAGAUCACCGAUGGAUAUGCUGACAACAGCGUGGACCUGCUGCCAGGGCUGCUGCUGAAGAGAGGACAGACCUCGAUGGUGAAUGCCAAGAAACUGGAGAAGGCGGAAGCCAGACUGAAAGCCAAGCAGGACAAGAAGAUGGAGCGGGAUUCCCUGAAAUCAACUGGCCCUGUGGUCCUUGAGGAGGCAUCUGCCAGUCAAGCUUCCAGCAAGAAGGAGACUCGCAUGGAAUCAUCAGGCAAGAACAAGUCUUACGAUGUGCGCAUCGAGAACUUCGACGUGUCCUUCGGUGAGCGUGUCCUACUGGCGGGAGCAGACCUGAACCUGGCAUUUGGACGGCGCUAUGGGGUAGUGGGCAGGAAUGGGCUGGGGAAGACCACGCUGCUGAAGAUGAUUGCCAGCCGCAGCCUGCGCAUCCCUUCGCACAUCAGCAUCCUCCACGUGGAGCAGGAGGUAGAAGGGGACGAGACUCCAGCUCUGCAGAGUGUGCUGGAGUGUGACACCACCCGGGAGAGCCUGCUGCAGGAGGAAAGGGAUCUCACAGCUAAGAUUAAUGCUGGCAGGGGAGAAGGAACAGAAGGUACCAGGCUAUCGGAGAUCUACGCAAAGCUGGAGGAGAUUGAGGCAGACAAGGCCCCAGCGAGGGCGUCUGUCAUUCUCGCUGGGCUGGGCUUUAAUGCAAAGAUGCAACAACAGACAACCAAAGAGUUUUCUGGAGGCUGGAGAAUGAGACUGGCCUUAGCCAGAGCCUUGUUUGCCAGGCCAGAUCUCCUUCUGCUGGAUGAGCCAACAAACAUGCUGGACGUGAGGGCCAUUUUGUGGCUUGAGACCUACCUGCAGACCUGGCAGUCGACCAUCCUCGUGGUGUCCCAUGACAGGAACUUCCUGAAUGCAGUGGCCACCGACAUCAUCCACCUGCACUCACAGCGGCUGGACAUGUACCGUGGGGACUUUGAGAACUUCAUGAAGAUCAAAGAGGAAAGGCUGAAGAACCAGCAGCGAGAGUAUGAAGCCCAGCAGCAGUACCGCGAGCACAUUCAGGUUUUCAUUGACCGCUUUCGCUACAAUGCCAACCGGGCAUCCCAAGUGCAGAGCAAGAUCAAACUAUUGGAGAAGCUGCCAGAUCUGAAACCUGUGGACAAGGAGUCUGAUGUGAUCAUGAAGUUCCCUGAUGGCUUUGAGAAGUUCUCCCCCCCUAUCCUGCAGCUAGAUGAAGUAGACUUCUAUUACGACCCAAGUCACUACAUCUUUCGUUCCCUCUCCGUCUCUGCUGACCUGGAGUCCCGGAUCUGUGUGGUUGGGGAAAACGGAGCUGGCAAGUCGACCAUGCUAAAGAUCUUAAUGGGGGAGCUGGCACCAGUCAGAGGGAUCAGACAUGCUCACAGAAACCUAAAGAUUGGGUAUUUCAGCCAGCACCAUGUGGAUCAAUUGGACUUGAACAUCAGUGCUGUAGAGUUGCUGUCGAGAAAGUUCCCAGGGAAGACAGAGGAGGAGUACCGGCACCAGCUGGGGAGCUAUGGCAUCUCAGGGGAGUUGGCUGUGCGUCCUGUGGCCAGCUUGUCCGGAGGUCAGAAGAGUCGUGUGGCCUUUGCCCAGAUGACUAUGUCCUGUCCAAAUUUCUACAUACUGGAUGAGCCAACAAAUCAUCUGGACAUGGAGACCAUCGAGGCACUGGCAAAGGCACUGAAUAAGUUCCGGGGUGGUGUAAUUCUGGUGUCCCACGAUGAGCGCUUCAUCCGCCUGGUGUGCCAGGAACUGUGGGUGUGCGAGAACUCCACUGUGACCCGCAUCGAGGGUGGCUUCGACCAGUACAGAGACAUCCUGCAGGAGCAGUUCCGGAAGGAGGGUUUCCUAUAAGGGAGGCAGGAGCUGGACUGUGCCAGGGGCCGGAGCAUGAAGCUCAGCCGCCUCGGCAUCCAUCCCAACUGUGCCUGGCAGAGCGCUGAUAACGCUGCUGCCCGCAUGGACCGUCAGCCAUGCCAUCAAACUGCCACCUGAACUGCUCUCCCCUCUCGGGGCUGGGCAAAAGGACAGCGGGGGAGCAGGAGCCCAGUGCAGUGUGUGGCCGGGGCACACUGGGGCUCUGCCGACCGGGGCUGUGCCUGGAGCUGCUGCUCUGCCAAGCAGAGGGAAGGAGGUAUCCAUCCUGACCCCUCUCAGAUCAGCCCCAUGCUCUGGAGGGCAGGAGAGGAGCUGUUCUCCAUAUUUCUUCACUUCCUCCCACUCUGCCUUGUUCUUUCUUUUUGUGUGUGUGUGUGUUUAACUGGCCGAACACUAAUCAGGCUCCAUCACACGCCACUGUCUCCUCUGCUAUCCUGGAGGGAAGCGAGGCCUUUGCUGCUAAAAGUGACCCUGCCUCUUCCCCCAGUCCCUGCAGCCGGGGCCCGCUUGGUCUAUCCUCCCCAGGGCUAUGGUUCGUGGUGCCCAGGAACCAGUACCCGGCUCCCCACUCCUCUCCCCGCGAUGCUGCCGGUGCUGUCGCCUCACUGCCUGCCUUUGCUCUAAAACCCGCCCAGGGGUGGGCUGCCCGGGGGGGCUGAUCAACACCUCUCCCUGCUUGCCUGCGCGGUGGGCACUGUGUAAAUAAACCCGAAACGCAGUGGA